AUGAGAUUCGACGAAAAUAUAUUCACAGAUUGUCGAAUUGUCGCUUAUUCAUACCGUGAAGCAGAUGUAACAUCUGAAGAGAUCAAAGGGUACGUUCAUGUGGUUGGUGAAUUGCCAUUCCGUGCACAUUUAUUUUCUGAAUUACAAAUUCAAAGAUAUAUAAAAUAUUGCACAAAAGAAAAAUAUUCCUUCGUUCAUGUAGAUGCCACCGGCGGUGUCUUGAUAAAAAUGCGUGAACAAAAUGAUGUUUACAUUUACGGCAUGGUUUUCAAAGAUGGAACUGAUGCAAAUGAUACGAUUACACUUGCACAUGCAAUUCUUACCGAUCAUACAGUUCCUAGCAUUGGUUAUUUUUUUUAUUUGAUGCGUUAUAGCGUUUUCCGUGAAACUGAUUUUUACAAGAUUUUCAAACAGGAUUAA